ACACCACAAUCGCAACAGCUCUACAUUACUCGACACCUACCGUAUGCCGCUGCACUCUAUGCUCUCCUUCAAAAACCCGGCGCUCUCGACCCUCGUACCUGCCGUGCUCACCAUCUUUGGUAUCCAAGCAGCCGUCGCUGUACCAUCCAUCCUCGCGCAAUCCGAAAAGUACUAUGACUUGUCCGGCUCGGCAACCUUCCUCGCAGCGACAGGCAUCAGUCUUUACAUGCCUUGGCUUCGUUCCCUCAGCUAUGCACGCGUACACAGUCUGCCUACUCCACCAGUACCUGGACUAGCUGACUUUGGCGCGCGCAAGCUCAUCUUAUCUGGCAUGGUAGCCAUUUGGGCAAUCCGCCUCGGUUCUUUCCUCUUUGCAAGAAUCAAGAAGGACGGCAAGGACUCACGUUUUGAUGAGAUCAAGCCUAAUCCAGCCAAAUUCUUCGGCGCGUUCAUGGCACAAGCUGUUUGGGUGACACUUGUCUCGGCACCCGUGUUGCUCGCGAACGCAGUACCGAAACGCGCUAUGCCAGCAUUGGGACUGCUUGAUUAUGUGGGUAUGGCCGUCUGGGUGGCAGGCAUGGGCUUUGAGGUGACUGCUGAUCGUCAAAAGUCUGACUGGCGCCAACGCAAGGAAGAGAAGAAGCACUCUGAAGAAUUCAUCAAUGAAGGUUUGUGGUCUCUUUCACGACACCCAAACUACUUUGGUGAAAGCUCACUGUGGACCGGCACGUCCAUCUUAGCAUUGUCUGCGCUUGCUAGCACGACCGUGUACCCCUCCUAUGUCGGCGCUCUCGGCUUUGUGUCUCCCCUCUUCGUCACCUUCCUGACACGCUACGUAUCCGGUGUGCCUAUGCUCGAAGAUAAGGCAGACAAGAAGUAUGGUCCUGCUUGGCAGAAGUACAAAAAGGAAGUGCCAGUCUUCAUCCCAAAGCUUGGAUGAGCAUAGAGUCUAGCGUCGAUGAACGAUCUUGGACGACACUUCCGUGGAGAAGCACUUUACGUAUGAAUUCCAUGAGCUGAAGGAGUUUGCCUUGCCCUCUGCUUUUGCUUUGAGAGGCAACGACUUUGAAGUAUGCAAUCGACUCUGCCCUGAGUGACCAGUCCGUGGAGUUGUCCAAUGCUACUAGACCGCAGACCCCUGAAAACCUUGGAAGAAGACACAAGACUAUUCAGAUGGGUUCCUGGUCUCUUCGCCGUGAGCGCGUCAAGGCCUGGCAGCACGUUUGUCACAGUAGAUAUACAAAAAUGAUACGCUACGACUUUCUAUGCUUAUGUGCCAUGCCUGAUGAACCGAAAAAUCACCUACACACCAGAGUCCGUUUGCAUGACUAGGUUGAAAUUUGUCCAGGCCUGC